GAACUCCCUCUUCGGACAGGAGUCAGAAGUAGGGGAAGAUGGCGUUGGCAGCGGUGCUAAGUGUGUCGUGCGGAGUGCGGGCCAGGCUAGUCCCGCGGCUGCUUCCUUCACCUGUACGGGUAAGGUGCUAUGUGCUCCGCCUGGAUAUGCAUACGCUGGAAAUUUGCCGCACCUCCCGACGGGAAUAAGUGGUGUAAAUUUGCGAAACAUCUGCCUUUAAGCUAUACAGUAUGUAUAAAUUUGUUUAUGCAUCGGAUGGAGGAGCAAAUCUCCCCCUUACAUAGAAAGACCACUCCUCUCCCUGGCUCUGCUAGUUUUCUGCUUGCAAGGCGCUGUGUGUAUAUGCAGGGGUGCCAACUUCAAUAAAAUGGGGGGGGGCAGGUAAGCCCCACCCCGCAUAAUCGAUCACAUGACAUUACACACGCACACCUCAUUUAAAUGGGAAUUACCCUCAAAUUCUGCCUCUAAGAAUUGACUAAGAAUAGUGUGUGUAUAUCUAUAUAUCUGUAUCUUAAUUAUUUAACUAAAGGUAAAAUGUCAAAAGGUAAAGGUAAAGGUACCCCUGCCCGUACGGGCCAGUCUUGCCAGACUCUAGGGUUGUGCGCUCAUCUCACUCUAUAGGCCGGGAGCCAGCGCUGUCCGCAGACACUUCCGGGUCACGUGACCAGCAUAAAAUGGGACAGCCUUUAAAGGUGCUGAAAAAUACGUUCAUUCGCAGGAUCAUGCCAAGAUUAAUCCACUUGUCAGCAUAUGUACCAGCAGCAGAGAACUGUAAUGCCACCACUGCCAUUCUGCAGUGUUUAGGGGGCGGGGUAUCAGCUGCUCAGAUUUUCAUUCCAAAAUUCCACAGUAGAAAAAGCUCCUUAUGCAGGCUGAAGCAGCUUUUUGGACCCCCCACCCCACCCUUGUGGCUAAAUAGGAGAUUGCUUAACUGGCAUUUGCUCAGUACUUUUCCAGAGUCCGGAGCUCAUUGUAAUGAUCUCCAUUGGUUUCAGUGGGAAUUGUUUCAAUACUGAAGUCCACAGCAUUUGAACAGUUUACUGAGCUCAGUUAAGAGGCUUGUUGGCCAAUCCAGAGCUAUUUGUUUGAAGCCUGUGCUCUAAAUGGAGAUAAGAUCAGGCUGCAGGAAUGUGAACUUUGAACCCGGUGUUUGAGAAUGACAGUUUUCUUUAAAAAGUUGUUUUCUUAAGCUGUUAUCAAAUGUGGGAUGGCAUGAAUGUCCAGCACUCACUCAAAUGGGCUGGGUAAUAUUUUUUGUAUUUGUUCAUAGAGAGUUGGUAUAUGGUUAAGAGAGAAGCUCAUUAGGCAAGCAACUCUCAGGUCAAUUCUCCCCCUCCCACAGUAUGGGGAAUUGCUGGUAGGGCGAGUGCUGUUGUGUUCAAGUUCUGCUUGUGAGCUUCCCAUGGGCCGAUUGACCACUGUGAGAACAGAUGGACCUUAGGCCUGAUUCAGAAGGGCCUAAUAAAUAAAUCAGAUUUACUUUACAGAGUUGAUAUAAUGUAGUUGUCGAGAAUCUCUGCACCACAGCACUAAUUAAACCCCCCAGGCUUCCUUACUUCAAACAUCCCAUGGGUGGGGUGACAGGGGGGAGAUUAAGGAUCUGGUCUGCUGGCCAGAGCCAAUUCUUCACUCAUGCUGUAAAGUUUACAAUUAGAUAAUGCACAUAAAGCAGGGGUCAGCAACCUUUUUCAGCUGUGGGCCGGUUCACUGUCCCUCAGACCAUGUGGUGGGCUGGACUAUAUUAUAUAUAUUAUACAGUGGUACCUCGGGUUACAUACACUUCAGGUUACAGACUCCGCUAACCCAGAAAUAGUGCUUCAGGUUAAGAACUUUGCUUCAGGAUGAGAACAGAAAUCGUGCUCCGGCAGCAGGAGGCCCCAUUAGCUAAAGUGGUGCUUCAGGUUAAGAACAGUUUCAGGUUAAGAACGGACCUCCGGAACGAAUUAAGUACUUAACCUGAGGUACCACUGUAUAUGCCCUACAAAUAACCCAGAGAUGCGUUUUAAAUAAAAACACACAUUCUACUCAUAUAAAAACACACUGAUUCCCUGACUGUCCGCGGGCCGCAUUUAGAAGGCGAUUGGGCCAGAUCCGGCUCCUGGGCCUUAGUUUGCCUACCCACGACAUAAAGUUUUCAACUUGUAAGUGCUAUACACAGAUGCUAAGUAUUGCUAUUGGUAUUCACAUCAAUGGUGUUUUUUUUAAAAAAUAACUAUAUCCACAGUAGCUUUAUAGCUGAGAAUUAUCUAGGUUUUAUUAACCUGUAAAACAUAGUAAAUUGUCUUCUUUCCCUUUUUCAGCUUUUAAGCCAUGGAACAAAAGUAAUGUAUCAAGUUGAUCGUGCUUUUGCACCACUUCAGAAAGUGAUGCUGCCAUCAGAUACUUUUCAUGGCAAAGUGGCCUUUAUCACAGGAGGUGGCACUGGCAUUGGAAAAGGGAUGACAGCUGCUCUUUCUGCUUUGGGAGCAGAGUGUGUUAUAGCAAGCCGGUAAGAGCAUCUAUUCCAUUUUGCAUGAUGUAGUCUUUUAAAAUGGAGAGUACAGUUCUCAGUAUGGAGUCCUCUGCACACUUACUUGGCACUAAGACCCUCUGAGCACAGGGAGGAAGCAAACACAUUUAGGGUAGACGUGUUAGUCCUACUCAGUGGCGCUAAGGUAACUUAGGCCCAUUCAUUUUAACUUUGUGGGAUGCAACCCUAGGAUUGCGCAAUGGAUUCUUCUGGUUUUUUUAAGCAGUUAGGCAAUAUUUAAGAAAUCCAAGUUCACUGAGCAGUGUGUUGUGAAUUGACACUGAAGGACCAUUCAGACAACCACACCAAGACUCAGAACUGGAUUUUUGUUCUGUGGGGUCCUUUUGGGGGCGCCGUUUGUUUACCUAAAUAAGUGUGACUGUGCCCAAAAACAUGACUGAACUAAAUUCAUAAGAAUGAGUUAGCUCCAUUUUCCGCCCCUGUUUUAACCUUCGCCCCCAUGUCAAUGCCUCCUCCCCUCUCUUUUUGUGCCACAACCCCACCCCACCCCAUGGUGACCUGCAUCUUCUUAUGUUGUUCAGAACUGAACAUUUUCCUCUCAGUGUGCUUUACCCAAAUUUCUGCUGUUGUGUUUAAACAUCCACUUUUCCGCUUUCAAUGUUUCUCCAUUCUUGCUUUGGUCAAACCUGUCUCUCUCUUCCAUUCCUCAGCUGCCUCGUGCGAGAGAGAUAAAGGAUGCAAAGCCCUCAGAUAUUCCAUUGUUUGAAGCUAGUUUACUGAAGCCUCUGCUGUUGUUUGAAACCCCCAUUUUCCUCUCUGUUAUCUCCAUCCCUGCUUGAUUCAAAUUCAUGCCAUCGUUUUAAACUACCACUUCUCCCCUCUCAGUGCCCCUCCCUUCUGGAUUGUGCAACCUGCCUUCUCUUUGGCUCCCACUCUAACUUCAUACAAAUCCAUUAGGCAAUACAAAUCCUCCAAUAAGGGCUGUGCAAUGACAUCCUUACAUUUUUAUGUGUACAGUGGACACUCGGGUUGCGAAUGUGAUCCGUGCGGGAGGCACAUUCGCAACCUGCAGCAUUUGCAACCCGCAGCUGCACGUUUGCGCAUGCGUGGGUUGAGAUUUGGUCUUCUGCGCAUGCACAAAGCGUGAUUUAGCGCUUCUGCACAUGCAUGACCGCCAAAACCCAGAAGUAACUCGUUCCGGUACUUCCGGGUUUCGGCACGUCUGUAACCUGAAAAAACGCAACCUGAAACGUCUGUAACCCGAGGUAUGACUGUAUAGGAAAAUAUUAUUAAACAAUAUUUUUGUUUCUGUUUAAUGGUAUAAUAUUGAGAGAGGCAAAAUACUGCAUCCAAACAUGAACUUUUAUUUGUAGGAACAAAAAGGAAUAAAAAUUAUUUUUAAAAUCGUAAAAUCUUCAUAGAUGUUAAAUGCUCCUGGGAUAUAGUGAAAUGUAAGUAACAUUUUACUCCUUUAAGGGUGCAGGUAAAAUUCUGCCCUAAGUGUGACCCAGCCUCUGGGGUUUAAAUUGAGCAGGGGGAGGGGGGACAUGAAUUUUGAGCCUCAGAAAUAAAAGAGCAAGCACUAAGUGUAUCUGCCGCCCCAAUGAGAAACCUCUGGUUGUAUUUAAUAAGAUGUUUCCACAACAGCAACUUCAGUCUGAAAUAGAACUUACUGCGUUGUGUCCAAUGCUAGUCCUACUUAGAGUACACCCACUGAAAUGAAUGAACAUUAAUAACUUAGAUCCAUUAAUCUCAGUCAGUCUGCUGUGAAUGGGACAAGCAUUGGACAAAGCUCUUCAUUGUCAGUCUGCCACAUCACACAUGGAAUCACUGCUAAGCUUUUACCAAAACACUAAGAAAGAAACCCCAGAAGUUUGAUGUACAGUAUAUGGCUGUAAUGGAAACUCAACCGUAAUGUGUAAUUAUUUAUAGGAAACUUGAUGUAUUGAAACAAACAGCAGAAGAAAUUUCUUCUAAAACGGGAAAUAAGGUAUUGUUAAAUAACAAAUGUUAUUAAUGGUGCAUUCAGUCAUGGGAUUUUAUGCAUAUAAGAAUAUAUUUAAUUCUUUCUUUUUCUCUUCUUCUGCUGGUAGUGGAUAUAUUGAUAUUAGUUUAUUACACAGGUCCACGCAGUUCAGUGUGAUGUGAGAGAUCCAGCAUCUGUUAGCAAUGCAAUUUCUCAAUUAAUUGAAGUGGCUGGACAUCCCAGUGUGAGUAUCCUAAUUCAAAACUUUGAUUAAUCAUUACUGGAAAAAUCCAACCCAGUGUGCAUUUAAAAAAAAACACAGAAAAACUUCUAAAUGUAAGCAAGCUAAUGAAUUGAAAAGGAUUCUGAAAGAAUUUUCAAAAGUAAAUGUUCAGUUGAAUCUACCCAUAGAACAAAAUCCAUGGGAAUAGGUCACAGCAGUAUUUUGAGGAAGCUGUGGACUUUAACUGCCUGGUGUCGACAUGACCUUGAUGUAACUGGGAUGGGACCAGUGUGCACACAUGAACCCCCAGCCUCUCCCACAUCCUAGUGAGGACUGAGCAUGCUCAGCGGCCACACAGUGCUUACUGACAGUUGUGAAGGCAAAUAGAUUGGACUAUCCUGGAAGAAGGUGUGGCUGGUUGCCUGGAUCUCCGCAUGAGAGCACUCACCGCUUCAACAUUUUGCUGCAGCUCCAACUUGCAUCACAAAGCUGUCGGAAUUAGCUUGUUAAAAGUUUUGAAAGCGGUGGAUAGGAGAUGUAUUUUUUGUUAAUGGAGGGUUCCACUGCUCUAAUAUACUUCUUACUGGCCAAAGGGCAGUUAGAUAAAGUCACCAUCUCUUUGUUUGUGCCUCGUGAGUUAAACUCAAAAGGACAACUGUGGUUGACUGGCGUUGCUUGCUUGGUUGGAACACAUACUGGAAUUGAUGCGAAAGCUUUUAAAACCAAAAUGGUUACUUGGUUUUUCUCUGCGCUGCUGAUUUUUGCUUUUGCCAAAGGUUCUGGUAGGUUAUACUGACUCGGAGUGUGUGUACCUUUCAGCCAAACCAUGGCUCAGCACACAUGAACCAAGAUAUGGUUUCCUGGACUGAAAUUGUCACCUGAAGCAUUGCACCCCCAGUCCUCCUGCUGCCUCCCUAGCUGAUGUUAAGCCACAAUUUGGAUUAGCAUUACAUCUGAACCUAGGCUCGUAGUUUGUCUUGCUCCAGACAAACCACGAGCCCUAGUUCAGUUCUAGCACAGAGGCAAACCAUGCCUUAGUCCCAAGCAGUGGGGUGGCAGCAGGACCAGGGAAUGAGCAGUAUGGCUCUGAUCUUCCCUCCAGGAACCUGCACUCUUGUCAUUUGUGCUAAACCAUGUGUGAACUGGGCCACUCUGUUUUUAUGUAAAAAUUCUCCUGGAAUUUCUGAAACCACCACCAACUAUCUUAAAUUUGCAGAAGAACGAUUUCAGCAAAUAUUUAAGCUUUCUUUCUCCCUUUCAGGUUAUAAUAAAUAAUGCAGCUGGAAAUUUUGUAUCUCCUUCUGAACGUCUUUCUCCAAAUGCAUGGAGGACAAUCACAGAUAUUGUUCUUAACGGUACUGCCUAUAUAACUCUGGGAAUAGGAAAAGAACUGAUUAAAGCUCAAAAAGGUAAAUUGAGAUUGACAGAGCUUGUCCUUUUCUUGCUGAAUACCAUUUUGGACAAGAAAUAGAUUUUUUUGGGGGUGGAGCCUUCUUAGAACCCUGAAAACCUCAAGCUUUGUUUUCAUAGAAUUGUAGAGUCAAACCUUCACUGUUUCUCUCCUUCAUUGAUUUGACCUGUUUUAGGAAACUGAUAAUUUGGAAAGGAGAGCAAUACAUAUAAUUAAUUUUUAAAAAAUCUUGCAUCUUCCAGGAGCAGCCUUUCUAGCCAUCACCACAAUUUAUGCAGAAAGUGGGUCAGGGUUUGUGUCGCCAAGUGCUUCUGCCAAAGCCGGCGUUGAAGGCCUGUGCAAGUAAGCAAUCUGUCAGCACCCGUCCCCCUCAUUUUUAAUUUUUUUUUAAACACUCCCUCAUAAGGCUGAAAUAGACCAACCCAAAUGAGACAGCUUAGAAUUGGAGUGAGAAGUGGCUGUUUGCCAUUGUGGUGGGUUCAACAAAUUCAUUUUCAUUGGGUUUUUAUUUUAUUUUAACAAAUCAUAUACCGUUUAACCACAGUAACCUCAAAAUGUUUUACAAGGAAUACAAUACAAAAAAGGCUAACAGUGGUUAGAACUAUAAAAUCAGGCUUCAGUUAAAAUGCCUGCUGGAGUACCAAAUUAUUCAGUAGGUGCCAGAAGUUCAAAUCCGAAUGGCUUCAUAUACAGUGGUACCCUGGGAUGCGAACAGGAUCCAUUCCAAAGCCCCGUUCGGAUUCUGAACAGAAAGUAAGAUGCGACUGCGCAUGCGCGGGUUGCGUUUCGCCGCUUCCACGCAUGUGCAUGACGUCAUUUUGACCAUCUGCACAUGCGCGAGUGGCGAAACUCAGAAGUAACAUGCUCCGUUACUUCCGAGUCGCCGUGGAACGCAACCCGAAAGCGCUCAACCUGAAGCGUAUUUAUCCCGAGGUAUGACUGUAGAUGUUAAACAGCAUUGUGGACAAGAUUGUAUGGCUUUAGGCCAUAGUACAAGGACCGUGGUGCUGAAACAGUCUCCCAUUGUUGCUUUCUGGACAUGACCCCGUAGGUAGGGCAGGAUAAAAUAUUAACCCCAAUACCCAUUCUGCCUAGGCAGUCCAAGAGGAUACUUGAUCAAAGGUAUCAAAAGCAGCCAAAUGACCAGAGUCGCAUUCCAGCUGUCGAAUGCAUUCCCCAAACUGUGCUUGAAUCAGAGGCGGACUUUGGCCUUUCAGUGCCCUGUGCAAGAACAGAAUUCAGUUCCCCCUGCCUCUUGCCUUAUGUUCUGCUCAGUUCACCAGACCAUAGCUGUGUUGCUCAGCAGCGCCCCUUAGGCUCAGCACCCAGUGCAGCAGAACCAGUCCUAAAUCUGCCCCUGCUUGAACUAUGAUUAAAACAGAUCUACGUGAUUCAUAACCUACAGGAAUUCCUGCAUUAUCCUCAGUGGACGUAGCCCACAAACAGGGUAGGGUUACAGCACAGAAGGGCAACCUUUGCCCUAGGGGCAACCUUACUUCAUGUUACCCCAACACCCGCUGAAGCUGCUUCAUUUGUCUAUCCCAUCAGAGUUCCUUCUUUCCUAUUCACUUCCUCCUUAUUUCCCCACGAUUUUUGGAAAAUGUUUUUUCCCUCUAUAUGUAUAAUUCUUCUCCAUUGGGAAGGGACCUAUGAACAGAAAACCUAGUGUGCAAGCCCAGAUACAUUUUUAUUUUUACUUCUAAUCCUCUUUAUAUGCCGAAUACUUACAAAGUCUCUUCAUGAAUUUCUAGGUCUCUUGCAGCGGAAUGGGGUAAAUAUGGCAUGAGAUUCAAUGUGAUUCAACCAGGCCCAAUAAAGACUAAGGUACAUGAUCAUGUUUUGUAGACAUUAAAGAACUGGCCAAGACAUCAGAUUGACUUUAGUGACUGGGUCUCUGAGCCCAAUUUCAGUUCUACUUGAGACAGAUCUCACAGCUGUUUUGAGCACCAUUUUGUGAAGGAGAGGUGCAAAUAAAUACUGGUUUAAAUAGAACUUGGAAGCACACAUAAUCAUUAUCCAUCUUCAUUCUCUCUUUAAAAAAACAACAACUUUGUAAAAUUAUAUACCACUUCAUCAAAGGCCACAGGACAGUUUUCAAUGUAGCAUAAUAAAUAAAACAUAAUAGGUAAAAAAAAAGGUAACGGAUCCUUGGACGGUUAAGUCCAGUCAAAGGCGACUAUGGGGUCGCAGCGCUCAUCUCGCUUUCAGGCCAAGGGAGCCGGCGUUCGUCCACAGACAGCUUUCCGGGUCAUGUGGCCAGCAUGAUUAAACUGCUUCUGGCGCAACGGAACACCAUGACGGAAACCAGAGUGAACGGAAACACCAUUUAUCUUCCCACCACAGUGGUACCUAUUUAUCUACUUGCACUGGUGUGCUUUUGAACUGCCAAGUUGUCAGGAGUUGGUGCAAAGCAAUGGGAGCUCACCCCAUCACAGGGAUUCGAACCACCAACCUUUUGAUCGGAAAGCCCAAGAGGCUUAGUGGUUUAGACCACGGCAGCACCCACGUUCCUAAAUAGAACAUAAUAAACAAUAUAUGUCAAUACAUAAUAUAACAUAUACAAUUCAAAAAAUAAAAUCAUCCUAUAGAUGCAUUUUAUAAUAAUAAAUACUUAUUAACAUAGAUAAUCUCAUGGCAUAAAUUAUUAUCUACUUACCCCAGUUAUUAUCUAACUUACAUGUUAUACAUAUCUAACAUAGGUUUUUUGUGUUGUUGUUUUCUGGCUCAUUAAGGAGUAUUUUUCUGGGUGAUAUGGUUGCCUGGGCGAAAUGUAUGGCAUUUAGUGUUUCAGUAGAUACAAGUCUACUAGAGUUACCCACAUUAUUUCCCCAUUUGACACUUGCUUGAUCUGUGCUACACAGUCACUUUACUUUUACCCAUGAUUGUUAAGUAUAAAACUUUUUCAGAUGGCCUCUAGCAGAGUUCCGGAAGCAAUAGUUUCUCUCGAUAAUUUUCCUCAGGGAGCUUUCAGCCGUUUGGACCCAGAAGGUGUGUUUGAGAAAGAAAUGAUCAAGAGAAUUCCUUGUGGGCGUCUGGGAACAAUAGAAGAGAUUGCCAAUCUUGCCACCUACCUCUGUAGUGAUUAUGCAAGUUGGAUUAACGGAGCAGUAAGUUAUCAUUCUAGUUGCUAGGGGUGCCCGAAUCUCUUUGCUACUGAUGCUAGAAUAUUGUGAUCCAGAAGCCAUUUCCACCUGGUCCCAUUAGAGGGGGCUAAAUGCUUUCUUUGGGGCUAGACAAGCUCCAUGCAAAUUCAUUGGGAAUUUGACUUCUUUAAAAUUAUGUGCGGCUUUAGUUGAUGGAAAAAGCAGUUUGUGCAUAUUCUAGCAUAACUAGUUCUGUUGAAUGAUGCUUUCCAUUUUGUUUUUACUAAAUAGAAAACAUUAAUGACUUAAAAGUACUUUAUUUGGCCAUACUAGGCUUCCUUAGCAUAUUGGUUCAACUGAAACCAGUUCAAAUUAUUGUUGGGAGUGGCUUAAUGGGGGAAAAUGUGCUUUAAUCUUGCAGGUCAUUAGAAUGGAUGGUGGUGAAUACGUCUCUAUGGCUGGAGAGUUUAAUCACCUAACCAAGGUAAUAACUUGCAAGUCGGAUCGGCAAAAAAAAUAAUGUUGCAGCAUGCUCUGUGCCUUUUUGAAAUUGUCACCCUGCCUUCCAAUGUCACCAAACAAUGCUCCAUUUUCAUUGGGCAGUUUUUGCAGGGUGUUUGUGUCUUCACUAUUCUCCCCCCUUUAACGGAGUUUGUAAGCCCACACCCCCUCCACCCUUCUAAUACCUCCCUCUUGUGCAUGGAUAAUGUUGUUUUGGCGAUGUAAGCACUGGCACUCACACCUGAACAUCAGAAAUGUAUAAAAUUAUAUGUUUAGGGUUCAAUCCUGUCAAAAGCUUUUAAUCACGUUCAUUUCAAUGGGGAAAGAUGUUUGAUUGUGCCCAUUAUGUCUGCAUAAAACUCAAAGACGGAAAAAACCUGUAGUAUCUCAUCUAAAAUGUUUUAUUUUCUAUGCUAGGUUACCAGUGAAGAAUGGACUAAGAUGGAAGAAAUGAUAAGGAAAACGAAAGGCUCAUAACUUUCUUUCAAACUAUAUUUUUAUAUAGAAAUUCAAGCAUUAUAAAUUUCACUAAUGUUGGUAUUAAUUGACUGACUUUUAUACAUUUUCAAGGCUGAACAAUUUUAAUUUACAUACAGCACAAUAUUAAAUGCUUUUUAAAUAAGCAUCAUAACAGAAAUUGAUCAAUAAGGUGUGGUUUCAUUUGGGGGCUGGUUUGGUAUGUGAUAUUAUUAAAAAAAAAAACUUUGUUUAGCAUGCCAGUUUAGAAUGAGGCCUCGUAUCUUGCCUGAGUUUUGGUUUUAGAGUUUGAAGUCAAGCAAUUGCGUCAAGCAGUUCUGCAUCUCAGGAGAAACUUCAGUUAUUAUCAGGCAACUACGUAUAUGAGUAGGAGAGAGACAGCACUUCAUCCCACCCACCCACCCACAACUCCCUAUAUUUGUGGCAAUAUGGCAAUAUUGUGAGAAUAUGGUCAUCAUCUGAUCUGUGACCCUGAGAUGCAGUGAUAUCAUGGAACGAUUGUUGAGGUGACUGCAUCAGUAAUCAAAUGCAGUGGUACCUCAGGUUACAGACACUUCAGGUUACAGACACUUCAGGUUACAGACACUUCAGGUUACAGGCUCUGCUAACCCAGAAAUAGUACCUCGGGUUAAGAACUUUGCUUCAGAAUGAGAACAGAAAUCACGCGACGGCAGUGGGAGGCCCAAUUAGCUAAAGUGUUGCCUCAGGUUAAGAACAGUUUCAGGUUAAGAACGGACCUCUAGAAUGAAUUAAGUUCUUAACCUGAGGUACCACUGUGUUGACAAAACCACACAGCUUCUGUGGAAAAAAAUUUAAGGUGAAUUUGACUGGGGGAAAACGCACACAAGAGCUGGAGCAGCUAUACCAAUACCAACAAGGAUGUGGAAACUUUCCUAGUUGGCAGACCAGAUCUUUAAAUCUUUCCACAAAAUUUGACAGAUGGGCAGGAGCCAAACACAGCCCUCCAGACCUCUGUGUCUGCCCUUCAGAAAUCUUCCUGGGUCACACCCCUCACCAGUCCUGCUUUUGCACUCUUCUCGAAUCGUGGAAUUGGAAGGGACCCUGAGGGCCAGCCCCCCUGCAAUGCAGGAAUCCCAAUAUGUGUUCCCCCAUCCACUAUGAAACUGUACUGGACCCUGCUUAGCUUUGCAAAUAUGCCUAGCAGCUUUAUUGCAGAAUGUAUGUUUGAACUGUUACAAUUCCUCUUGCUUUCCUGGAGAGAGGAAAUAGAGCAGGCAUAGGCAAACGCUGCCCUCCAGAUGUUUUCAGACUACAAUUCCCAUCAUCCCUGACCACUGGCCCUGUUAGCUAGAGAUGAUGGGAGUUGUAGUCCCAAAACAUCUGGAGGGCAGAGUUUGCCUAUGCCUGAUAUAGAGGGAUGUAUGUAGAAACUAGCCUACUGCACUAAGGUACAUUUUACGUGCAUUGCUGCUCCUGCUUUUGUCCGUGGCUAUGCCUACCCACAAGGUAUGUGUCUUCCACAGGGAAUAGGCACCUUCAGCUGAAACGGGUUUCCCACCUCUGCCCUAGAGAUUGGUAGGGAUUGUUCUUCUUCAGGACCGGCUGUAUUCAUAUGAAACUUCUUUUAUUUAGAGUUGAGGCCAUUGGUCAUUCUAGACCCAGGAUUGUCCGCUCUGACAGUAGCUUCCCAUAAUCUCAAGCUUUUCCCAGUUCUGUUUUUCUUAAGACAGUCUUUUGAACCAGAGAUGCUAAGGAUUUCUUCUUGGUCUUCCAAGUCAAAAGUGGCCACUAGGUGGAACCAUAAGACAGGAAGGAAAACCUCCAGAAGCACAUUUCAGGUUAUGAAAACUCAUAAAGGUCUUACACAACCUGUGCGAUUUUCAGCCUCCCUACCUAUGCAAGCUGAAUUGCUGUAGGGAAAUGAGCCCAGUAAAACGGAGGUGGCAUCUUGCGCUGGCACCAGCAUAAUUCCAUGGUACUGAAAAUGUGUAGAAUAUUUGAAAUGAGAUUUAAAAAAACAAAAAAAACAAAACCUCGUAGAAACACAAAACAGGCACUUAAAUGUGUUGUCCAGCAGUUAGAUAUAUGGGAGGACCACUUUGAAAAGCUAAAUCUCCCUUCUAGAAAAGAAAACAGCCAGUAAGUCUGGCUUACUGUCCAUUUACUCCUACUGCCUCCAGGUUGGCAACUGGGAGAUGGGGCACAAUUCGUACCUUGCAGCGGCCAAUGUGUGCUUUAACAGCUAUGCAGGAAGGGGCAAACUUUCGAUAUAGUUGAGAGCUACCAAGAGUCAAGAUAAAUGGAAUGAAAUUGACCGGAGGCAACUGACACACUGGGGUUAUAUGGGGCUUGCAACUACCCACCACAUCAGUGUGGGUAAGUGAAACCCUAUUUUCCUGGUUUGGACAAAAGAAAAACUUCAUUUGAUGUUUCAAAUGAGGAGGGGUUGGCUUUCUGAGUUCUUGUGGAAUUUCUACUUUUUCGUAUGAAUGUAAGUUGGACUUAACUUCUAAGCGUAGCGUGACUUGCAUCCUUAUAGUUUAACUUGUAGCCAUAAAAUGCAGUAAAAGAAAAUGGUAAAUG